UACAAAAUUCCUAGUUGCAUAUAAAAAUGGUACACCCCAGUCACGAGCAUCCACUGAUCCUACACAAAAAUUACAUUGCGAGGGACGGUGACAUGUGUCGUGGCUGCGGUGAACAAAUAUUAUCUUGUAAAUCAUUUGUUUAUAGUUGCAGUACUAUCACUAGAGCUGGCACUAGCACCCGUACUGAUACUGGUGUAGAUGAUAAAUCAUGUGCCAGUUUUUUACUGCACAAAAAUUGUGCAGAUUUGCCCUCGGUUGUCCAAAAUCCAACUAAUCUGAAAGGGCGUCUUAAACUCUGUUUUGAUCAUUCCCGUAUUGUUAAAUUACAGUUCAAUAUGUUACUAUACCAGACUAUAGGCAUUUGUGACAUCUGUAACAUAGAGAUGUCAGAGAAACACUUCUUCUAUUAUGAUAAUGAUUUUGAUUCUAUCAUUUGCCUAAUUUGUUUUAUGUACCACACUCAGCUGUCCUCCGAGGAUCACAAAUCUAUGCAUCCGUCUCACGAUCAACAUUUAUUAUCCUUAAUUCGGCAUCCAUCCUCAUUCAGAUGUUAUGCUUGCAAUGUGAAUGAUAAUAUCGUAGAUAUGUCUUAUAGAUGUACCAGCUGUCAGUUUUGGAUUCACAAAUCUUGUGCAGAUGCUCCUGCAUCUUUUAAAUUUGAAUUUCACGAUAAGCAUCCUCUUGUUCUCUCAUUUUCUCUUCCACCACUUUACCACAAAUUCCGACAAUAUUGCCGACUCUGCAACAAGACAUUGAGUCCAGUGACUUGGAUUUAUUAUUGUCGCUAUUGCAGAUUUUUCGCUCAUUUUCAUUGUGCUAGAUCUGGCCGGUUUUUAAGCUCCGGUGAGAAUGAAAGAUACGAGGACGAUCUGCUGCAAUUACUGCCAGCAGCUGAUGAAUUAUCAGUACAGUUACUACGCGAGAAAUUUAUCAAGGCAGCUAGCAUUCGAGCUUACAGCAGCAACACUGCAGAUAGCAUACUUAACUGGGUGAAUGAUAUAAAAAAUAUGAGUCACGAGGGACAUCAUCUGCAGCUCAUUAACGGUGAUGAGUUGAAAAAUCAUCAAAUUGAUGAGGAUACAUUAUUGUUAUGUGAUGGCUGCACGCAACCCAUAAGGACUGAUCACUUUUACGGUUGUGCUAUUUGUAAAUAUUUUCUGCAUAAGUUCUGUGCGGAGUUUCCACAAGAGAUCCAAUACCCUGCAGCUGCAGGCGUGGCCACUGCAAGAAUGGUUAAUACACGUUACAAGUUAUUUUCUUGCUUUGGUUGCGGAGAUUUUGGCAAUGGAAUAUACCUUUAUUGGAAUGGUAAGAAGUUUCAUAUUGGAUGUCUUACAUUACCCAAAAUGAUCAAACAUGAAGCUCAUCCUCACAAACUUAAACACAUGAUCAUGAACGUAGCACCAAUUUUUGCUUCAUUUUUUGCUUCCAUAUGCAAUGGAUGCGAAAGAAAAGUGAAUAAUAGACAUGGUUGUAUGAAAUGUCGGUACUAUAUAUGUAAUUCAUGCAUUAUGAAGGCAAGUGUGGUCCAACAUCCAUGGGAUUCUCACUCACUCCACUUGAUAUAUGAACCUGGUAUGGUCGUCGAUCAUGAGCAUGAUUUCAAUUGUGAGCAUUGCUCUGAAGAUAUCGACUCGAAUUUUUGGUUCUAUCAUUGCCAUACUUGUGACCUUUCAUUCCAUCUCAGAUGUUUCGAAAUAUCAAGAUGUUCCUCCUACUCAAAUGUUAAAUUUGGGGCUACAGGUGUGAUCAAUUCUGAACUCCAUCAUCACAGUCUGCAAUUUGUUUUGAACAAAAGGUCACGUAGGUGUGAAAAAUGUCAAAGGAAACUGUUUGUGGAGCCGGUUCUUAAAUGUGAUGGCACAUGUGAAUCCAUAUUCUGUGCAAGCUGUAUAUCAACAGAAACAGAUAUUAUGACACCACUUGUGAAUCUAAUUAAGAAUUUGUAGUAAACUUGUUGUUAUAGCUAAUGAAUACAGAAUUAAGUAGCAUCAUAUUGUGUAAUUUAUACUUUUAAGCUCAAUAUUUUCAUCAACUACUUUACAUUGUGUGAU